AUGAAAGUUGGUCAGCGCGAAGGAGACCUUCCAGAGAAGGUAAACGCGUCCGAAGAAGUUCUCGACGAUCACGCGAUCGGAAGAGGUGGCAUUGUGGCGGUCAAGGUCGUGACGAUCGAGGGUGCCGUUGACAGGACGCUUCUUGGGAUGAAUUGCGCGGAUGUCGUUGGCAAGACCAAUAUACCCCUUGUCGACGAGGACAGCCCACUGGCUUCCAAAGGUUUGAAAGAGUUUGCCAUUGUCGUUGAUUGUCAGGUCAUGCUCAUCCUUGGCUAG